AUGUAUUAUCUUUUUGAUCAACAACUUAUUUCAACUGAUAAUAUUAUUAACUCUUUUGAAAUAUUGAUGGUUUUAGUAAAUAAGUCACAAAGAAGAGCUGCUUUGUUUUAUAAUGAAGAUGAUGAAAUAAUGUUAUUAACAUAUUUCUUUCAAAAGAUGAAAAGAGUAAUUGAUUUGACCAUGAUCAAUUCUGAGGACAAAAUACACUCAAUACAAGAUCUUAGUCACAUAUAUUUACUUACAAAGAAAUUUUUAGGUAAGAAAUUGUUUAUAGUUAAUGAAUUUUUAGAAAACCUCUCUAAUGUUUCUAAAUUAGUAUUUAAUGAUGUGUUAGAAAGUAUAAAUAGAUCAAUCAGACAACAAUCAAUUAAUAUAUAUUUUACUAAACCAGAUAGUCAUAAAACUUUGUUGAAUUAUGUUAAAUCAAAAAUUAAAAUAGGCGAAGUUUUUCAGGGACAAAAUUAUAACAUCUUUGCAGAUAAAAUUCUUUAUUUCUUACAUGACGCACUUAAAACUCAAAUAUUCACGAUUGUAUUUGAAAAAGAUCAAUCUGAUAAUUUAAUAAGAUGUAUUGAUGAAAUUGUGGGGUAUGUGAUUUUUAUGAAUCGUACCAAUAUGUCUUAUUAUUUUAAUUACCUUAAAAACAUCAUUUUAUUAAUCUCAUGGCCUUAUGAUAAAUUCUUAGAUAAAUACAAAGAAUUAGAGAAUGUCAUUUAUGAUAGAGAUUUAAGAUCAUUAAUUAAGUGUAGAAAAGAUAAAGAAAAGAUAAAAAAUUUGAUUGUAAAAAAUAUCAAAUAA